ACUUACUAUUUAAGCAACUUCGACAGCCUCGACACCUACGACGUUACUACUUGUGCUAGCCGAUGCACUACUAAGAAUGGUUGUGUUUCUAUUAACAUUUACUUCGAGCGUGACCCUUCCGUUGAUCCUAACGAUGCUUCGUGCUCCAACCCUGCCUCGGUGACGAUGAUCAAAUGCGUGUAUUGGGGAGGUCCAGUUUCACAGGAUAACGCUGUCAACACUGGUCAGACUCGUGGUAGCUUCAGCGUCGUAAUUGCCGGAUCCAAUGGCUAUGUCACCAACCAGAUCAAGACUCCUGCUGGAUACCAGGCUGGUACUCCCUAUGGCAAAUACGCCAUCAACGCUCCCUAUGAUGCUCAGGGCUACAACACUUUCAUGGGAUCCAAGAUCUUCACCUCGACCUGGGACGUAGCUUCUUGCUCUGCCUACUGCGAUUCUCAGACUGCAUACAACAAGGCUACAGCUCCCAAGGACGGUACUCCUUACAAGGUUUGCAACUUCUUCAACACCUAUGUCUUGACAGCAUACAAGGCCGAUGGUACUGUCGUCCCCCAGGGCCAAUACUGCGCUUUAUACACUGAGGCAUGGACAAGCACGUACGCUACCAACGCUGGGCAGUGGAGAGGACAGGACCAGUACCUGGUCAACUACAGCUUCGGUUACCCCAAGUCCAGC